AUGCUGCCGAGAGCACGUCGAGGAAAUAAUCAGCAACAAUGUCCUGUCUAUGACAUUAUAAUAGCUGACAUGCAACGAGAAAUCCAAAAACUUCAACAACGUCUUGCACGUCAUGAAGCUGCUGCUAAUCAUUCCCAUCAAUCAGACAGAGAACAAUCAGAUAGCCCAGAUGAAGAUUUCAAUCCAUUUCACCAACCCGAGGAUUUUGAAGGAGGUGUUCAUCCCGAUGAGUUUAUCGAAUGGCUCCAUACAGUUGAACGUGUCUUUGAUUUUAAAGACAUUCCGGACGAACGCAAGGUCAAGUCAGUAACCAUCAAAUUCAAGAAACAUGCAUCCAUUUGGUGGGAGAAUCUCAGACGACAACGUGAACGAGAAGGUCGUAGUACGAUCUGUACAUGGGAUAAAAUGAAACGCGAACUCAAGCGUAAAUUUUUACCCAGUCACUAUCGCCAAGAUAUGUUUCUCAAGUUUCAUCACUUGGAACAAGGAAACAAAUCUGUGGCCGAGUAUGUUGCCGAGUUUGAAGAUUUAUCAAUGAAGUGCGACAACUCUGAACCAGAAGAGCAGACCAUUGCAAGGUUCUUAACCAGUUUGGACCCAAAAAUCUCCAAAGUCGUACAACUCCAACAAUAUUGGUCGUUCAACGACGUCACCAAGCUUGCUGUGAAGGUUGAAGGCCAGCAAGCAAAGGAGAUAACUGGAUUUAAGUUUGUCUCUAAGGAGGCUUCUUACCGUGGAAAUACUCCAACAAAGUUUCCACCAAAGACCAACUCUAGCACAUCAACGAAGAAGGUUGAGAAUCCAGUUACAACGAGCAAACCACAAAGGCAAGGUAACAACAAUCCUACCUCUAGAAGAUGUUUUAAGUGUCAAGGAUUUGGUUACAUUGCUUCUGAAUGUCCAAAUUCUAGAAUAAUUUCUCUUGUCGAAGAGGAAUUGUUAGAAGAAGAACAGGUUGAAGAUAUUGAGGAUGACAACAAUGAAGAGGUUUUGCACGCUGACGAAGGCGAAUCGUUAGUUAUUCGUCGUACCCUCAAUGCCGCCCCAGUAAAAGAAGAUGAGUGGUUACGCAACAACAUCUUCCACACUCGAUGUACAUCUCAUGGUAAAAUAUGUGAUGUCAUUAUCGAUAGUGUUAGUUGUGAGAACGUGAUUGCCGCCACCAUGGUCGAGAAAUUGAAACUGCCUACAAAGGAUCACCUUUAUCCAUACAAGCUCACAUGGUUGAAGAAGGGGAAUGAUGUCAAGGUCUCUAAAAGAUGCCUUGUUGAUUUCUCCAUCGGGAAGAAAUAUCAGGAUAAGUAUGAUCGUCGUGAAAUUCAUGAUGGCUUUCAUAAUACUUAUUCCUUUGAAAAGGAUGGUGUCAAAAUUGUUUUAGCACCUCUAAAAAGGGAUUUGUUAGCAAAUCCAAGCCAAGAGACGAGCUCCGUUGUGUCAGAAUCAAUGUUUACAAUGGCCUUGAAAGAAUCCAAUAUUGCUUGUGCUCUAGUCAUGCUCGAGGAAAAUCAAGAAGAUCAAGGAAUACCGGACGAGAUCCAGCCUCUACUUCGCAAAUUUAGUCACAUUGUGCCGGAAGAAAUUCCUGAAGGUUUACCUCCAAUGCGUGAUAUUCAACAUUGCAUCGACUUUGUUCCGGGAGCAGUCAUCCCUAAUAAGGCUGCCUAUCGGAUGAGUCCAAAAGAGCAUGAAGAGCUUCAACGACAAGUCAUCGAUCUCAUGCAAAAAGGAUUGGUACGUGAUAGUGUGAGUCCAUGCUCAGUUCCAGCACUUCUUGUCCCAAAGAAAGUUGGAUCGUGGCGCAUGUGCAUUGAUAGUCGUGUCGUUAAUCGGAUCACUAUCAAAUAUCGCUUUCCCAUUCCGCGCCUUGAUGAUCUACUUGAUCAAUUGCACGAUGCUGUUGUGUUCUCGAAGAUUGAUCUACGAAGCGGAUAUCAUCAAAUCCGAAUGCGACUUGGAGAUGAGUGGAAUACUGCUUUCAAGACCAGGGAUGGAUUGUAUGAGUGGAUGGUCAUGCCGUUCGGUCUUUCCAAUGCUCCUAGCACCUUUAUGCGACUGAUGAAUCAGGUAUUCCGCCCUUUCAUUGGCAAGUUCGUAGUUGUUUACUUUGAUGAUAUUCUUGUGUACAGUCGAAAUUUUGAAGAGCAUAUGAAUCAUCUACAACAAAUUUUCCAAGUUCUUCGUGAACAAAAGUUGUAUGCCAAUCUGAAGAAAUGUCACUUCCUCACCUACAAAGUGGUAUUUCUUGGAUAUGUUGUCUCUAGCAAUGGGAUCGAGAUGGAUCCUAGCAAAGUUGAAGCCAUUAACACAUGGCCAGUUCCUCAAUCAAUACAUGAUGUUCACAGCUUUCAUGGUCUAGUGUCCUUCUACCGCCGAUUCAUCAAAAAUUUCAGCACUAUUGCCGCCCCGCUCACUGAAGUACUGAAGAAGCAGAAGUUUGAGUGGACCCCAACAGCUCAACAAAGCUUCGAGAAGUUGAAAAUUAUGAUCACCCAUGCACCAAUUCUUGCCUUGCCGGAUUUUGAUAAGCUUUUCAAGGUAGAUUGUGAUUCUUCGGGAGUUGGUAUAGAUCAUUGGAGUCACUAUCGUUUGGCUAAGGAGUUUGUGCUCUACUCAGAUCACGAAUCACUAAAGCAUCUUCACAGCCAACAAAAACUCCAACGUCGUCAUGCAAGAUGGAGCGAGUUCUUAUCUCCCUUCCACUUUUUCCUCAAGCACAAAUCCGGGACGCAAAACAAGGUUGUUGAUGCCUUAAGUAGAAGACAUGCCUUGCUCUCCACUCUUCAAGUCAAAGUCAUUGGUUUCGAGGUUCUCAAGGACUUGUAUGAAGAUGAUGAAGAUUUUGGGGAAAUUUGGAAUAAUUGUUCAGGAGGCCCUCAACGCCAGUUUCAUUGA